CUGAGCUGGGGGCUCCGCCUUCCGGGCACCGUGCUCGCGCUCGUGCUCUGGGGAGAGGGUGCGCGCGCGCGCCUGCCUCUCCCCCCCACCCCACCCCGCAAACGCCCUGGGUGCUGCGCCCCUCCCCCACGAAACUUGGAAGCUGGGGCUCUUUGGAAGGGAUGGUUAGAGGGUGAUGAUCAGGUACAUUUGAGACGACUUCAGUUCAUAUACUUUAAAUCCGCUUCUCUAAUGUUCUUAAUCCUUGGCUAGAGUGUCCACGCUUUCUGGAGGCAAGAGGGACUGAGAGUACAGUAAAGAAUGGAUUCUCUGGACCACAUGCUGACAGACCCAUUGGAGCUGGGACCAUGUGGGGAGGGAAAUGGCACACGGAUCAUGGAGGACUGCAUGCUAGGAGCAACAAGAGUUAGCCUGCCAGAGGACCUCCUAGAGGAUCCUGAGAUCUUUUUUGAAGUUGUCAGCCUAUCUACAUGGCAGGAGGUGCUGACAGACUCACAGCGAGACCACCUAAAAAAGUUCCUGCCCCAUUUCCCGGAAAACAACCCUGAGCACCAGAACAAGCUCAUCCCAGCUCUGUUCAGCGGAGAGAACUUCCGCUUUGGAAACCCACUGCACAUUGCCCAGAAACUCUUCCGGGAUGGGCACUUCAAUCCUGAAGUUGUGAAAUACCGCCAGCUCUGUUUCAAGUCCCAGUACAAACGCUACCUGAACUCCCAGCAGCAGUACUUCUACCGACUCCUCAAGCAGAUCCUUGCUUCCCGCAAUCACCUGCUCGAUCUGGCUAAGAAAGGUGGCCCUGAUCUUACCCUUAAGAAAAAAUACCCAUCCCCUCCAUGUGGCCCAGAAGAACGGGAUAGACGGACACAUCAGCGCUACCUGAAGGUCCUGAGGGAGGUGAAGGAGGAAUGUGGAGACACCACCUUAUCCUCUGAUGAAGAAGAUCUAAGUUCCUGGCUUCCAAAUUCUCCAGCACAUUGCCCGAGUCCAGCUCUUCCCCUCAGAGUGAUCCCCACCUUGUCAACUCUGGAUAUGAAAACAGCAGAUAAACUUGAUUUUGGGGAGAAUGACCUGAAGGUGAUGCUGAAGAAGCAUCAUGAGAAACGGAAACGUCAGCCUGACCACCCUGACCUAGUGACAGGGGACCUGACUCUUGAUGACAUCAUGACCCGUGUGAAUGCUGGCCGGAAGGGCUCCUUGGCAGCCUUGUUUGACCUUGCCAUCAUGAAGAAGAAGGUGAAAGAAAAGGAAGAAAAGAAGAAAAAAAAGUUGAAGGUGAUUAAAUCCGAGGUGGAAGAUUUGGCCGACUCCUUUAGCAACGCUGAUGGAAUCCCCCCAAUAUCACAGGACCCAUCUCCCAUUGCUCUGUCAGCUGUUAAAGAAGAACCUCUUGAAGAAAUCAAGCCAUGUCUUGGAGUAAAUGAAAUCUCUUCCAGCUUCUUCUCUCUCCUUCUGGAGAUCCUCCUUCUAGAAGGACCUGCUAGUCUCUCUGUGCUUGAGGAUAAAGUUCUGGAUUGGCAGUCUUCCCCUGCAAGCACUCUGAAUAGCUGGUUCUCCUUUGCCUCUAACUGGUCAGAACUGGUUUUACCUGCUCUGCAAUAUCUGACAGGUGACAGCAGAGAUGUUCCUUCCAGCUUUUCUCCCUUUGUUGAAUUCAAGGAAAAAACUCAGCAGUGGAAAUUGCUUGGCUCUUCCCAAGACCACGAGAAGGAACUGGUAGCGCUCUUCCAGCUCUGGUUGGAGACCAAAGACCAGACGUUUUUCAAGGAAAAUGAAGACAGCUCAGACGCCACCACACCGAUUCCCCGGGUAAGGACUGACUACGUGGUCCGUCCCAGCACUGGGGAGGAGAAACGUGUUUUCCAGGAGCAGGAGCGCUACCGUUACAGCCAGCCCCACAAGGCCUUCACCUUCCGCAUGCAUGGCUUUGAGUCAGUGGUUGGUCCUGUGAAGGGAGUGUUUGACAAGGAGACCUCGCUGAACAAAGCCCGGGAGCAUUCUCUACUGCGAUCCGACAGGCCUGCAUAUGUUACCAUCUUGUCUCUUGUUCGUGAUGCUGCGGCCCGCCUUCCUAAUGGAGAGGGUACACGUGCUGAAAUCUGUGAGCUGCUUAAAGAUUCCCAGUUCCUGGCUCCCGAUGUCACCAGUGCCCAAGUUAAUACAGUUGUGAGCGGUGCCCUGGACCGGCUACACUAUGAGAAAGAUCCCUGUGUGAAAUACGAUAUCGGACGCAAACUGUGGAUAUACCUGCACCGGGACAGGAGUGAAGAGGAGUUUGAACGGAUUCACCAAGCUCAAGCUGCUGCAGCAAAGGCCAAGAAAGCCCUCCAGCAGAAACCGAAACCUCCAGCCAAGAUAAAGUCUAGUAGCAAGGAGAGUUCAGUGAAAGUGUUCCCCAGCAGCACUUCAGAGCCAAGCCAGCUGAGCCUCAGUGACUCCAGCAUGCCACCAACCCCUGUGACGCCAGUGACGCCCACCACACCGGCCUUGCCGGCGACACCCAUUUCACCUCCUCCAGUCUCUGUGGGUAGCAAGACUGUUCCAAGUGUUGGACCGGAGCCAGCUAAGCCAAACCAAAGCCUUCUCUUGGUGUCAUCUCCUCCCAUGCCCCAGCUGGGGACACUGCUCUCCACAGGUCAGAGUGCACAGACGCAGGCUGGGCCACAGCCGCCUCCAACCAGGGUGGUAAGCCAUACUGCCGCCUCCUCAGGACUCCCGCAGGUCCGAGUGGUCACUGCGCAGUCCAGCCUCCCACCUGUGUCUCAGCAAACCCCAGUGGUAACGCAGCAGCAGCAACCUGCAUCGGUGUCUCAGAUCCGUGCUACAGCCACACAAACAAAAGUACCACCGCAGGCUGUUAUGACCGUACCAGUGAAAGCCCAAACCAGCCCAGUGCAGGUGCAACGGCCAGGCGCAUCUGUGACAGGACAGGCAGGUAUCGCUGUGACAGCACUCUCUGCGGCGUCCAGCCCCACUGCAAAGCCAGUAACCAGCUCUCCAGGCAGCUCUGCACCAUCCUCCUCCUCUUCCACCGCUGUCAUCCAGAACGUAGCUGGCCAGAAUAUCCUUAAGCAGGUGGCUAUUACAGGGCAACUUGGCAUGAAGACCCAGGCUGGAAGUGGCAUCCCACUCACAGCUGCUAACUUCCGGAUCCAAGGCAAGGACGUGCUGCGCCUGCCUCCCUCUUCCAUCACCACGGAUGCCAAGGGACAGACUGUGCUGCGCAUCACCCCAGACAUGAUGGCCACCCUUGCCAAGUCUCAAGUCACCACAGUCAAAUUGACUCAGGACCUCUUCACAGCAGCUGCCGGAAGCAGCACUAGCGGGAAGGGCAUCUCUGCAACUCUGCACGUGACAUCCAAUCCUGUCCAGUCUGCUGAUUCCCCAGCCAAGACUAGCACAGCCACUUCUGCUUCUCCCAGCCCUGCUGGGACCACGGUGGUUAAAGUGACACCUGACUUAAAGACUGCGGAGUCGACCAGUUCAGCUUUCAGACUGAUGCCCGCUCUGGGCAUGACGAUGGCAGACCAGAAGGGCAAAGCCAUUACUACAGUGGCAUCCACUGAGGCUAAGCCAGCUGCCACCAUAAGAAUUGUGCAAGGACUGGGGGUUAUGCCACCAAAACCAGGGCAGACUAUUACUGUAGCCACUCAUGCCAAGCAAGUGCCCUCUUCCUCUUCAGUGAGCAUGCCUGGCACAGUUCAUACCUCAGCUGUUUCUUUACCAACCAUGAGUGCUGCGGUGUCCAAGGCAGUUGCUGUGGCCUCUGGGGCAGCUGGCACUCCCAUAACCAUAGGAACAGGAGCCACUGCUGUGCGGCAGGUACCCGUGAGCACCACAGUCGUAUCUACAUCCCAGGCGGGUAAACUGCCAGCUCGAAUCACGGUGCCGCUCUCAGUGAUCAGCCAGCCAGUGAAAGGCAAGAAUGUGGUGACAGCCCCCAUCAUCAAGGGCAACCUCGGGGCCAACAUUAGUGGGCUGGGUCGGAAUAUCAUCCUGACUACCAUGCCAGCUGGGACAAAACUGAUUGCUGGGAACAAACCAGUGAGCUUCCUGACAGCACAACAGCUACAACAGCUGCAGCAACAAGGCCAGGCCACGCAGGUGCGAAUUCAAACAGUAUCGGCCUCCCAUCUCCAGCAGGGAACAGUGUCGGGCUCUACCAAGGCAGUCUCUACUGUUGUUGUGACAACAGCACCAUCUCCGAAACAGACACAGGAUCAACAGUGAACAUCAGUUGUGAAAAGGGAUCACUUUUCAAGAGCUUCCCUGGCCUUAUUGUCCUUCCCCCAUCCAUCACCAGUCAGGGCUUCUUAGGUGCCAACACAGACCAUCCAGAGAUUGGACUGGAGCCUCACCUGUGCCAAAAGCAAAACAUGGCUUGCCUGGAGCCAGAAUUGUGGUAUCCAGUGGAAACCUCAGUACAGCAACACAAGACUCUCUAUUUAAGAACCUAAACAUCUCAGUCCAGAGUUGUAAAAUCAAGCUCUAUAGCAGUGACUAAUUGGAGAUUUUACUACGUGUCUUUAUUCUCUUCUCAUUCGAAUUGCCCUUUUUGCAAAUGGCAGUGUGCCUUGCUGUCAUUGCAUUAUGUUCUGGGUUAGCCUCAGGCAGUCAGCCUGGGUUCUUCCUUUACCGGUGAAACUUGCUGCUAGGGGAAGAGGGAUUCAGUGACUCUCUAAAGUCAUGGACAAGCUUCAUUCUGGGUCUUGAAGUCCAGCUACCAGUUCUCUUUAUAUCCUGUAGAGGUGGCUGUAGUUGGUGGCUGAUUUUAUUGUUAGGGCUUAACCUGUAUGUAAUACAAAUUCUAUAUAUUUAUUUAUUUUAUAACUUUUUAAGACCUCUCCUUUCACUUCCCAACCCAGAUUCUUUAUUGACUGUCAUCACCAUGUCAGAUUUCUGGAGAAACUUUCCGUUUGUUAUCCUUCCAAAGGCCAGAUAGAAGAGUCCUGUCCCAUAGCAUGCCUGAUGAAGAAAACCUCUGCUGUAAAAUAGCUAAUAACUAUUGUAUGUAUGUAUCUGCCCGUAUGAGAGUCUGGCUGUGAAUGAGCUCAGAGAAAGGACGCAGGAAGAAAAGUCUGCCAGGGACUUUCCCUUCUUACAUUUCUGAGAUUGAAUCAUCAACCAGAGAAGACUACAGCCUGUUUAAAAGGAAAAGAGAACAAGCCUUCAGUUUUGUCCACGCUGCAUUCAUUCUGACUCAAGCAGAAAUGUUUUACUUUUAACUCAAGUUGAUGCAGGCCUGGCCUUAUUUGAUUUUUAUCUGUCUCUGAUUUUUAUCUUGAUAUACAAGUUGUUGGGAUUGUGCAUGUUACAGAUCAGGAGAUGAACUGACUUCUGCUUCCAACUCUGACAUCACUGGAAUUCUUUCUCUGAAUGAGUCCAGAAGAAGUGUCAGGGUAGGAAAAAAAUAACAAUACAGAAAGCAGUUUUAUUUACAACCCAUGCUCCAGAGAUGUAACCGCCCCCCUGCUUAGAUCCGACCUGCCAUCUCCAUUCAGUUCUAGACAGACCAUUUCAUUUUGGCAAGGAAAGAGUUCUGUCAUACUGUCAUGAAAUGUAGUGUGAUCAUCUGAUCUGCUAAGGGCUAAUAGACACUGUUAUAAGAAGGUUUCUUAAACAUUGUUCCUCUUGUUUUUUUAAUACACUGUUUGUUUGCCUUUGA